AUGGCCUCGACACCAACCGACGCCUACGUGCCGGCGCCUGCCACACCGACGACGGUCCAGCCCAAGCCCGACGUGUACCUUCCGAUGAAGAGCUCACCGAAAGCCAAGACGGACGACCUCAAGCGCACCGGGUCCACCGGCUCGCUUCGCGCGUCCCGCCGAUCCACGUCCCGCGUCCGCCUCAGCCGCCUCGAAGCCAUGCUGCCCGACGAGACCGCGGCCGCGCUCAUGCCGACGUCGGCCUUGUACAUUACGGCGGCCGUCGCGCUCAUCGGGUGCCUCCAGGUCGGCUGGUGCCUCGUGCAGCUCAACUACCGUCCGUUCAACCUCGAGUGCGACAAGGUGCCGAUCCCUGACGAAGCGUGCAUCAUGUUUGCGGGCCACUCGGAGAACGAGUGGACGUUGGCCAUCUCGACGUGGAUUCUCGGCGCGGCCAUUGGCGCCAUGUGCAGCGGCGUGCCUGCCGACAAGUUUGGCCGGAAGCGGUCGCUCUUUCUCAACGCAAUCGUGAUCAUCGUCGGUGGCGCCGUCCAGGCCGCGUCCACGGAAGUCUACCUCUUCUCGGUCGGUCGGUUCAUCUCGGGCCUCGCGUCCGGCGCGGCCAUCAACGUCGCCAACACGCUCAUCACCGAGAUCUCGCCCACGCACAUGCGCGGUACGCUCGGCACGGGUAUCCAGAUCUUCAUCGCGUCCGGCGCGCUCCUUGUGACGACGUGCCACUACUUUGUCGGCUUCUCGUACGGCUGGCGCUUCCUCGUCGGGUUCCCGGUCGUCAUGGGCGCCAGUCCCGUCUGGCUCGUCGCCCACCAGCAGCACGACGAAGCUGUCGAGGAGAUGACGCGUCUGUACGUGGCGCCGGUCGACACGAAGGCGAUGCUCAAUGCGAUGAUCGCGGCCCACGAAGAGGAAGAGAAGGAGCAGGCCGAGAUCAACGCGUGGCAAGCGCUCCUCUCCAAGCGCUAUCGCAAGCAACUCAUCAUCGCCGUCGUGCUCUGCUCGGCACAGCAGCUCUGCGGUAUCACGGCCAUCAUGUACUACUCGUCCGACAUCUUUUGA